GGUAGCUUUCGCUUCUCCGUGUUCGCACGCGGAUACAGUUAUGCGGAGAGUGAAUGAGAAAGAGGGUCGAAAUUUCUGCCGCCGGGCAUAUCUUAUUUUAAACGCUAACAGUGGAGAAGCAAAUUUCAAACAUGAAGGACCAGUACAGAGAUCGUCCUGGUGGGAGUCCAUUGAUGAAGUCGUGCGAGACAACUCCAGAGAGACCCGUCUCUCUGUCUGAACAUCUCAGCUCAACCCAGAGCCCUUCUUCUUCGGAUGGCUCUCGCUCUCCCACCCCUUCCUUCGACGCCAUUGCAGAUGAAGAGGACUCCAAGAAGGGCACCACCAAGCAGUUGGGGAGAAAACACAGCAGCUUCGCAUACAGAGUGGUAGAUCAUGUGAAGCUCGGGGCUAAGCUGUCCGAAACCGUGAAGGGGAAGCUGAGCUUGGGAGCCAAAGUGAUCCAAGAAGGCGGGAGGGAGAACAUCUUCAAGCAUAUCUUCGGCAUGAGCGAGACCGAGAAGUUCUUGAAGGCCUCACAGUGCUAUUUAUCCACAUCAUCUGGUCCAAUAGGAGGACUUCUCUUCAUGUCCACUGAGAAAGUUGCCUUCUGCAGUGACCGAUCCAUAGAUUUCCCUUCCCCUACUGGAGAACUAGUCAAAGCACCUUACAAGGUUUUGAUACCGACAGGGAAGAUUAAAUCGGCGAAUGAGAGCGAGAAUGUGGACAAGCCGGCACAGAAGUACGUGCAGAUUGUAACCGAAGAUGACUACGAGUUUUGGUUCAUGGGGUUUCUCAGAUAUGAGAAGGCCUUCAAGAAUCUCGAGAAAGCCCUUUCUGUGGCCAGAGAAGCGAAAGCCUCGUCGUGAAGUUUAGUAUUGUCUUCUGUCCUUUGGGUGCCCAAAGCCUUGUGAAGUUAGUUGAAGUAAGGAAAGACUCUUUGUAGGUAGUGAAUUGUGUGUUUAUUGGUUGGCAGAGCAGAGGAAUAUGCUCUGCAGGUAACACUUUGGAUUUUGUCUGGUGCUUGCAAUUUCAAAAUGACCAGAAAGGAGUCCAUGCUUGUA